UUGUGUUUUCAUUGUAAUGUGGUUGAAUUUGAAGUUUAUUUAUUUCAUAAAAUAAAUAUGCAUUGAAUCAAUGAUUAUGGGAUUACAACAGUUAGUUAUUAUGUCAUUAAUGUACUUUCCAGUAAACAGUUAAAUAAAAUGCUUCAGUGUUAUGGAUGUUUCAUGUAAAUUUGUAGAAGCUUCAGUGUAAAUACAACGUUGAAGAAAUUGCACUAUAUACGUAUUUGCCGUUAUGACUUCUAUAGAAGAAUUUAACUGCAUUUUGUGCAAGGAAACGUUCGAUAAUAAGGAUGAAUUACAAAUUCAUUUCAGGAAACAUGGUGAUCCUAAGUUUAAUGAAAGCAUCAAGACCAAAAGCCGUGUCCAGAAUGAGGCGCCGUUUGCAAAUGAAAAGUCGAACGACGCGUCAGAAAUGGUGAACUGCGAUGUGUGCGACGAAGUGUUUCCUACUAUAUCUAAGGCCAUAACUCACAAGCAUAAAGUCCACCCGGAGUACGAUGCGAAGUACUUCUGUCCUUGGUGUGGGAAGCUCUUCACGAUGAAGCACCUAUAUAAUAAACAUUUACAGACAAACCAUGAUGCUACUGAGGAGGUACCCGGAAGCAAGGAUAGUCAUUUCCACUGUGAUAGCUGUAGUGUUUACUUUGUGGUUCCAUCUGCUAUGGUGUACCACAACAAAUUCUUUCAUAGACAAGACUCGGAUCUACCUAUUAUUGGACACUCCAAGAAACAGAAGGUGGUGAACCAGGAUCUACUGCCAGUUUAUUACUGUUCAUUCUGUGGAGAGGAAUUUAUAAACAAAGUUAAUUUACAUAAACAUAUGUGUGACGAUCACGAGGAAGAGAACCAACGUCCAACAGAUGUAUUACGGUGUGCCCUCUGUGAAGCCGUUUUCUAUCAUUUGGACGCCUAUGAGUUACAUCUCACCUUCCAUUCUUCAGAAGACUUGUACAGUGAAACAAAUGAAAUGAAUGAGAAUGAAAUAACAGAAUUCUCUCUAGAGACUGUCCCUCCGGUUAUGGAAAGGAUUGAAGAUUUGAAUGGGUUACCUGAUGUUGAGACUGAUAUGAAUGCUGUUGGAAUCGAAAGUUUUCUCCAAAUGGCUAUGGAUGAACCUAAGGACAGUGAUCAGGUCCCUGAAAAAAGGUCCAAAAAACAUAAAAAGCACAAAAAAUCUAAGAAAUCAGCCAUUACUCUUGACGAGUUCUUAAGCAUGAACCAGGAUGUAUUUGGCGAAGAUCUAGAUUUCCAAGGUAUCGAGGAAGUUCCUACAAAGGUAAUAACAAAACAACUUAAAAUGAAAAAACCGCAAAUUCCAAAAUCAAGUGCAAAACAUGUGUCAUCUGCAGACUUGCAAAAGUUACAAAAGUUAGGUAUUGCUGUUAAAGUUCCGUCUGGUAGCAAACCAUCAUUUCCAAAAGUUAAAGCAAUAGGUCAAGCUAACCGGCAAAUUAAAAAUCUCGUGAAUAAGCCAAAAACAAACGCUAUAAGUGCAUCAAAUGAUGUUUUAUCAAAAUUACUUAAUCAAAGUAGCAGUCAAUUGAAAAUAGUAAUGAAGUCUGCACAAGAGAAAGCGCCCGAUGGCGAAACAGAAUUCAAACUAAAAACAAUUAAUCAACACCCUGCUGAUACUACGGAAGCCCCUAUAGGCAUGGAAACUAAUAGUCAUGAAAGAGAAGAAAAAGGCGAUGAUGCCAAAUCUUAUAAGCCACAAUUAUGUAUUCCUAAAACAAACCGAAACAUUAAUCAAGAGAUCAAUGAUAAAGAUACUAUAGACGAUAGGAAUGAUGCAACGGUGAAUAAAGAAUGCGCUAACGCAAAUUUAAAUGAAAGCAAUAAUGAAGGUGCCAGACAUGUCAAGUUACCAAAUGUAAGCAAUAACAUUUUGGCUGACCAUAACAAGAAUGACGCAAUUAAAAAUAUUAGCAAACAAAUAACAAUCAAACCUAUCACUCAAUCAGCACCAUGUUAUGAAGAAAAAAGGUCUAACACUUCCACAUCAGAAGUAGAUAACACUGAUGAACAAAAUUGUCCAAGUAAUGUUUUGCAAAAAACGAAUACUUUAGACACAUUAAAGAGUUUGAACAGUGCUAUUACUAUCAAGUCACUCAAAAAUGUUAGUGCUCCAGAAACUAAUAAAAACAGCACAAUAGGUAACGAAAAGACUGAUGCGAUGUACAAAAAAGAUGAUGCCCCUAAUACUGAGAAUAAUCAUGUAAAAAAGUCUGAAAACAUAAAUAAAGAACUAUCUAUUCACAAAACAUCGCCUGCCCUAGCAUUACAAAGUAUAAGUAAAAAUAUAACAAUCAAAUCUAUGUCACCCCUUUUAAAUUAUCCAAAGGAGGAUGUUCACAGUGACGAAUGUGAUGAUAAUGCUUUUAACAGUCCUGAAGACGGCAGUAAAGCCGACAAAGUUAAGGAGCAAACUGUUCCCAUUACGACUCCCCACGUGUUAAAGAAUAUCAGUAAAAACAUAUUAAUAAAAUCAAAGUCACCCCUACUAAAACACACAAAAGAUGUUUCUAGCGACGAACAUAAUGAAAGUGAUUUUGACAAUCUCGAAGGCGACACAAUAGUUGAAAAUCAACGUAUCAAUAAAAACGACAAAGCUACGGGACAAUCUGUUCCUAUUACUUCGUCCUCCCACAUGUUAAAGAAUAUAUGCAAAAACAUCACAAUAAAACCCAUGUCACCCAUAAUAAAACAACCAAAAGAGGAUGCUCCUAGCGAAGAACACUAUGAUAGUGAUUUUGAUAAUAUGGAAGAUGAUACGGAAAAUAAAAAUAAAAGCAUCAAAGGUAUAGAACAGUCUGAUCACUUGACAUCGACUUCCCAAUUUCUAAAGAAUAUCAGUAAAAAUAUAACAAUAAAAUCCAUGUCACCCCUCAUAAAACACCCAAAUGAUAUUCCUAAUGACGAACAUAAUGACAGUGAUAUUGAUAAUCCCGAAGAUGAUGGAUCGAUUGAAAAUAAAAACAAAUGCGAUAAAAAUACAGAACAAUCUGUUCUCACAUCAUCGUCCCACAUGUUAAAGAAUAUUAGUAAAAACUUAACAAUAAAGCCCAUGUCGCCUAUGAUGAAACAAACAAAAGAAGACGUUCCUCAAGAUAAAGAUAAUGAUAGUAAGUUUGACAAUUUCGAAGAUGAUACACCAAUGAAAAGUCAAAAUGAUCACGGCUCAGCUUUGGAUAGACUGAAAAACAAGUCCAAUAUCAAAAUAAAAACUGUCCAAUCAUCAUUCACCAACAAGAAAACAUUUGGAAACAUAAAUGAAAAUAUAACUGGCCAUGAAACGCACAAGACGACUAACAUUCAGUCCAGUAACAAUAUUUUAAAGAAUUUGAAAAAUAUAACGGCGAAACCAGUACUUACAAAUAAAAGCGUUAACCAACAAGGAACAGUAAAAUCAAAUAACACGCCUGAUGCUAUAAAGCAAGGUAAUGUUAUAACACAGUCUUUGCACACAAAAGAAAUUAACAAAGAUAUUGAAAUUUACAAUAUUGAUGAUUCUGAUGAUGAAUACGAACAACAAAAAACAGACAAAAUAGAACCUACCCAAAUUAAAAAAGAACCUAUUAAAGCUAACAUUAAUUCACCUGCCGUUUUUAAUGCUAUCAAAAAUAUGAGUAAACAUAUUACUCUUAAGUCUUCAAACAAUCAAGUAACGCCAAAAGUUGUUGUCAAAAAGGAUGAAACCUUUUCAGAGCAGUUUUCAGAUGAAUAUGAAAUGCACGAUGAUGGGGAGUUUAGUUCUAAUGCUGAUUUUGAACAGAUAUUGGAUACUUCUCAUAAACCAACAUUUAUCAACAAAGGUACCAAAAAUAAAAACGAUAAUUUUAACAAUGUUCUUAAACAGUUGGGUCAACAAGUUACAGUUAAAUCAAAAAAUACAUUCAAUCAAUCAAAUAUUAAAACGGUUCACCCUUCACAAGAUUUUAACCGAGACAAUGAUGCGCAUGAGACUGAUAGUGACGAGGAGCCGUACACUGGUAAAGUAAAAAUAACAGAAGUAACUGAAGAUGAUGAUAACAUCGACCACGAAAUUGAUUGUAAUAACGAGGGGAUUAUAACUCAGUCUCCUGAAGACAGCGGCGACGAGCCAUUUACAAAAGGAAUAGACGAUAUGGAUGAAUAUAGUAGUCAAAAUAUAAAAGUUAGGUUAAAUGAAAAUCUUAAACCUAAUAGCCAAGGCUUGUUACAAAAUAUUAGUAAAAAUAUAACAAUUAAGUCAAUAAUUGAAAAAACCGCUGAAUCUAGUGAAAAUGUAUCUAAAGCCAAUCAAAGUAGUUUGUGUAAAGAAUUAGUAAUGAUGCCCGUUACACAAAACAGACCUGACAUUGCAAAUGAUAGCGAGAAGGCCAGUACUUCGAAUAUGCAUAAUAAUAAACGAAACGCCGGUCCUGGCACUUCAAGUCCAAAUUGUCCAACUGCGCAGCAGAAAAUUACAAAAUCUGGCGCAGUGAAUACUGUUAACAAAGAAGUUAAAGUGAAAACCUUUCAGUCUGAAACAGUGAUAGAAGAAAUUACCACAACCGUUACGAAAACCAUACGUAGAGUAAACCAAACUACAGUAAAUCAGCAGGUUUUCAAUGCCAGUAAUGUGUCGCCUGUUCCUAGAAUGGUAAAACCGCAGAUGGGCCCUAGAAUGCCAAAUAUCUAUUCGUCUAACAAUCUAAAAGGGCUUACAGUAAGGCAGCCUAAUCCUAGCACCGUCCGGCCUAAAAUAAGACAACCGGCUCCUAUUCGACCUCCCUCUAGUACGGUAGUGAGACCACCCGUUUCAAAUCAGUUAGUACCUAUGCGACCCGGUGUAACGCCAAUAAGGCCUAUGAAUGCACCAAGAAUGCCAGUAAAAAACAUGCCACGUCAACCGAGACCCGUCGGGCGACCAUUAAAAAUUUCGCCUAAUGUUGUAAACCAGACUUUGAAAAGGCCUGGGAACGAAGAACAACCAGGACAUUUUAGUUGUUUCAAGAAACCGAAAGAAUCUCUCAUUCCCGGCAAUGAGACUGCAGAAACCAAUUCCAACUUCCAUUACGCAUCCAGUACACAAACGAGUAAAUUCUGUAGUACCAGUCAAACAGUGAAAGGUAACUAUGUCGUAACUUCUACACAAAUGAAAGCGCAGUCAGUAACUCAACAGCAAAAAGGUAACUCUGUCGUAUCUUCCACACAAAUGAAAGCUCAGUCAGUAACUCAACAGCAACAAAUAAAUAGACUCGGCAACAUUUCUGGGCUAAAAGUAGCUAAGACCUGUCAAGUAAGCCGGGUGGAGAAAACUGAAAUGAGCCCUUCAAAACGAACUGCACUGGAGGCUAUAGAAAAAUUGCAAAAGCAAGGUCUGUUAAUAAAGAAACCCCGAGUUGAAGAAGAUCCCGAUCCACCAAAUUCUGAUGGCGAGGAGCAGGAACCGUAUGAUGACUAUGAUUAUGAUGAAUGAUUUCACAAAUUUUGUUAUUGUAUAAUAAUGUAAAUAAGUUAAAAUUGACAGUGAUAAAACUAUUAUAAAAAGUUGUGGUUCUGAUAGUGCACACGAGUAUGAAACUAGCGAUGGAGAGAUGAAUGCAGUGUCAUGUAUAAGUGUAAAUGUCUAAUGUGAAGAUUUGUAAAUAAUAGAGUUGUACCUUUAUAUUUAAGACUCCAGUGUUGAGGUGUCCACUACUAUGGUUUGUAUUAUCUUAGGUGUAAUUUUUUAUCUUUAUUUUGAAUGGAAGCAAAGUUUAAUUUCUGGUAUAAUUUUAUAAACAAUAAUAUACUUUUACGUUAUGACAGGGAUUUAAUUGUCGAAUUAUUUAUAAUAAAUGAAAAUAUUGGCUUAGGUAAAAAUUACCUAUCUAGAGAUUUACUGAAACGCAUAAAAAAUUGAACAAAUGUUGAAUUGUUUUGUUACAUGUUACAUUAAUAAAUUUAUGGAUGCUCA